AUGAAACUAAAGGAAGGAUCGUUUCUGUGGUACCUCUAUCUGGACAAAGCAUACUGUUUACUGUCUGUGAGGAACGUGAAGGUCUUGCUGGAAUAUUUUCACCUUCUCGACGUGCACGGCAAGAACACCUUGAAUGAUGUGCUGUUCUAUCACUUCCUUCAUCACGUGACUGACUUGAAAAAGAGACAGAUCGAGAUUGUGUUCGACAUGCUGGACUGGAAUGCCAUGGGCGAGAUCGGCUUUGAGCAGUUCUACGUGUUGGUGUGCAUACUGCUGGCACACGAGAACCAUUUGGAAAAGCAGUUUAUGUAUCGCCAUUCUCGGCUUAUUUUUGACCUGCUCGACGUGGAUGGGGAGCAGAGAAUUCGUCAAGCCACCUUCCAAAUGUACAGAUUUCUCUUCAAUAUUGAUACACAGGAACUCAAAGAGCUCUUCCAUGACUUUGACGUAAGUGCAGAACCCAAAAGUCGCAUCAAUUACAAGGAAUUUAAGCUGUAUACUAUCGUCUCCGUGGACAAAUUCCAGAAGAAGCAGAAAGCAGAGAGAGAAAGACAAAAUCUCUCAUCUUCUAAACUUCACAUCAAGCGGCUGUGA